UCGUCAUUUGUUGACUGUUUUGUCGUCUGUUUCUGUCAUGGGCUGAAAAUAUGUAAACACAUCUUAUGUCUUAGAGCUGACAAUCGUGUAAUUCGCCAUGGCAGAGCCAGAUUCUGACGUAGGCACUGAGAUUAAUCCUUCCCCGGAGGCGCCAGAUUCUCCAGACUUGUCGUCUCCUGAAGUGGAAGAGGAGGAAGAUCCGGGCAUAGAUAUUGCUGAUCUUGAGAGAGUUUACAAAGGUUUGCAUGGUCCACUUUUGUGGAACUUGCCCGAGUUUAAUGAAACCAAAAUGUCCCGACACAUAUACAGGCUACGAGACUUACUGCAUGUACCCCAUAGUACUUGGGGCGCAGUUGUCCUGCGUUUUACUUUAUGCUGGCUAUAUUACAAGCAUGGAGAGAUAGAAAGAAGCAGGGUAGAGCUAUCAGAAAUAGAUGCUCUAAUUCAGACUGUUGAGUGGGCUGGGGAAGAUGGUGCGUUAUUAAGGCGAUGUUUAGAGGGUGUGGAACAUGUUCUUCAAUCAACUUGGGUUCACCUUGCUAAUCGGAACACAAAUUUAAAGGAUAUGUGGUAUGAAAUUGCACAGAUUACACCUUUGAAAGAUUUGAGUCCUCAACAACAAGCCGCUGUAUGGGGCUUGCAAGCUUCAUGUCGCUAUUGCUUUUUUGAAUGGGUUGGGUUUAGAUUGAAAGCCGCUGCAAUUAGAGCCCAAGAGUUGUAUCCUCGGGAACCUGAAUGGCAAAGAAUUUAUGGAGAUCAGCCCGCCAGUGUUGUUGGUGAUGCCUUCACUCCACACAUUGCAAUUUAUGGUGCCACAUGGCAUCUUCAGAAAAAGAGGCCCGAGCCUGCUAAAGAGCUUCUCAGACGUGCACUUACUGCAUGGCCCGAAAAUGCCUUUGUUCAGCUGAGUGCUGCAGUAAUGUAUGCCAGAGAGAAGAGUGCUAUUCGUGAUGAGGAAAUGGCUGAAAAAUGCUCUGCUGCUGCUAUAAGAAUUGCCCCAGACUGUGUUAUCACUAACGUCGUGAGAAGAAUGGUUGUACCAUCCCACCAUGCACCUUGCCUGGCCUUGUGUGAAACAACCUAUGGAAAAGGAGUGUUGGCAUUAUUGCCCUUUUUGAGCACUGGAACAUUUUCUUUGGAGGUGAUAAUGCGAGGGUUUUUUAUGAGGUGAUCGAUUACCGCAUACUUCAAGUACCAAGUGCACCUGUGGUUACUGGUUGCUGAUAGGUGGUAUUGCUUCAGUCAAAUUACGUACUUGAUAAGUAGUUUUAUUUAUUAAAAGUAUUCUUUGUUCUGAAAGUUAAUUUCAUCCUCAAAGCAAGCUAUAAAAGUAAGUUCAUUUCUUUCCCUAUAUGAUAUGUAACAUAGUGAACAUUUGUUGUCAUUGUAUCCAUUCAUAAUGUGGUACUGGACUACGGGUUUUUUAUUAGAUAAGCAAAGUUUUAGAAUCUCUGUGAAGAUUAUUUUUUUCUCAAAAAUUGGCUACAGGUUAAUGUGAGAGGGAAUGGUAAAAGCAAUCUUACUGCUGGUGCCAAAUCCAAAGGGUCAAUGCUAGUUUAUUUUUGUUUUCCUUUCAUCACCAUGUAUAAAUUUGGUGUUUUCCCACUUCUAUUUGUGAUACUUAAUGGGCAAUAUUUAACAUGCUGCAAUGUAUAGUGUAGUUGACAAAGCUUUCAGCAGAUCUCCUUUGGAGCACCUUCAACUGUUUCCAAUUCUAAAAUCCAUAGACAGUUUUGAUUUUUUUUCAAUUCUGUUUUCUUUUUACCAGAGAUGAUUUGCAAUGUUUUAAAGCACUUUUCACAAACAAAUGUACACAUAAUUUCAUAUUUCUAUACAAUGAUAAGAUAUGCUGAAAAUGCAUUCAAAUAAUUAAGCUAGCUACCAAAUGUUUUAUAUGAUGUUCCAGCAAUGUUAUCCAAAGUUUAAAAUAUUUUAUACAUAUUUAUUACUGAAUCUUUUAUCUUAUUUUGUGAAUGCUACUUGUAGUGUUAUCAGACAUAUUUUCUAUCUAUCUAUGAGAUAAGUGUGAUAAAUUUUGUCAUGAUUCCUACCGAAGGGGUACCUCACCUCAAAAAGUCAGUGUGCGGGGAGCAAAAAAGUCGUGUUUAGUUACCUUCUUGUCACUUGUAGUCAUGUCAGUCAUUCCGAGUCUCCUUAGUCUCGAAAAGUCAGAAAAACCCUUUUAAACAAUCACAAAAAGUCACAACUAGUCACUCUACGUCGAUUUUAGUUGAAAACUAGUCCUUUCCAGUCAUUACCUCAAAUCGUGCAAUUUGUCAUACUUGAUGCUAAGAACUCAAUUUCAAAUUUCAAUCAAAUUUUUAGAUUUUAGUCAUACUUGUGGCUGAAUUUACCCAUAAAAAAGUCACAUUUAGUCGGUUUUAGUCCAAGAGAAGUCACACAUUUAGUCGAUUUUAGUCAUAAAAAGUCAGUUGCAUCAGUUGGACCAAGUCAGGUUCAGUCAGUCAUCAGUUAUUUUUAGUCAU